CUAGAACAAUGUGAUUGGGGAAUAUAUACCACGUGUAAUCAAACUGGUAACUGGGGGGCUUAUGACAAGUUCAUAGAGGAUUCUUGUACCAGUUAUACUUCCGUUUACCUUGCUAAAUAUAGAAAUGUUUUCUGCUUCCUUUGUAAUUCCAACGAAAUACCGUUUAUGGGUUGUAAAUACUCUGACCUUGGAAAAGGUAAAGGGGGAAUUAAAACGGGAACAUUUGUUGGCCUGAUUAGUUUCAUGGACGAUGAACAGAAGAGAACAGAUAAAAUAUGUGGAAAUGAUGAAGUCUUUGAUGCAUAUGAGGAUAAAUGUCGGGAAGUUGUAUGUCCCAGAAUGCACUACUUUAAUAAAAAGAAUCAACAAUGUGAAGAAAUUUUUCGAAAAAUCAAAAAACGGAAAUACGAAGCUUACUACAAAGUAACAAUUAUAGACAAAAACCUGGAUGAAGAUGACUGUUCAACGAGCUGUGUGUCUGAUGAUUCUUAUACUGUGGAAUAUGAUAUCUGUUCUUAUAUUGAGAAAACUCUUAGUGGAAUUGACUGUUGUUAUCUUUUGGAAUAUCACUAUCCAAAAGAUAUUAAAAGCGUAACACAUCGCCGCGAAUAUAUAGUUGGUAUAUCUCUUUUAGCAAUUACGUCUCAUAACCAAAGAACGUAUGUUGAAGUACUCUCAUCACCAUUUGAAGUCAAUCGUCAAGAAGAUGUAAUCAACUUGAAUUCAGGACCUGCUGACCUUAGAUAUAUACUGUUAGUUCAACCAAUAUCACACAAAGCGCUUGAUCUUGCCUCAAACUUUGUAGAAUGGGAUUUAACAGAUUACUAUGACUCUUAUUAUGACUAUCAGUAUUAUAAUGAAGAAGAUAAUAUGGCAUGUGCUUCUACUUACCCGGCCAUACAAGUUGUUUCAAAUUUCUUCUGUCCAAGAAUCAAGCUCAAAUUUUAUGAAGUCGAACUAUCUACCAAUCAUCUUAUAGUAUUGAAUAAUAAGAUACAAUAUGAUAUCAAUACUGUGCUUCAAAAUGAAAAGUAUUUUUUAGUUUGUGUAAAUGUUUACAUGACAUCAAGCAUAAACUUUGUGCAAGAAGUUGUAGCUGUGACAAAUAAAAUCGAGACAUUAUUGUCAUUGAUUUGCUCAAUUGCAUCUAUCACAUCACUAACCCUCACUUUAAUAGUCUACAUCUUAUUGAAGGAUCUCCGAACUCUCCCAGGGUUACAACAAAUGAUGUUGUCAUUCCACUUGUUGGUUGCGCACGCACUCUACCUAUUUGGAAUUAAUGCGGAAUCAACUGAAACCCUCUGCGCUGCUGUUGGUCUACUCACCCAUUACUUCUGGUUAGGGUCCAUUAUGUGGAUGCAUAUCUGCACAUUACACAUGUUCAGAGUGUUCUAUUACAAUAACCAAAGUACUUCGAAUCGAAUAAAGCAGUUCACACGUUACGUUAUAUAUAGUGUUUCCCUUCCCAGUCUUCUUGUAGCUAUAAAUAUAGUGAACUUUUUCAGCAGCGACGAAAACCCACAGGGGUAUUUAGGAUAUGGUGGAGAAAGUUGCUAUAUCAUAGAGAAAACAAUGAUACUGUAUACAUUUGCGAUUCCCGUUGGAGUUCUCCUUCUCCUGAAUAUCAUCUUAUUUUCUGUUGUCAUUUAUCAACUGGCAAUGGCACUUGAAGUUAAAUCUGAAACCAGGAACAACCGCCCGAUGUUGGUUAUCUAUACAAGAAUGUCGUGUUUGACAGGGAUAACUUGGAUAUUUGCAUUCGUUUACCAGUGGACACUGGUCGAUGUCUUUUCGUAUGCUUUUAUAAUCUUUAAUGCUUCACAAGGAUUAUUCAUCUUCCUAUCAUUUGGUUUGAAUAGCCACGUAAGAUCAAAGAUUAGCGAAAUGUUCUGCAGACCAAAUGAACAAACUACCCAAAAAAUAGAAAUUGAAAGAAAUUCACUGAAAAUUUUGAAUAUGCCAAAAACCUGACUGGACCUCGAACCUUUUCUAACCAUAAAACAGAAUCUAUGUUGGACUAUAUGUGCCUAUUACUAUAUAUAUAAUUUGAUUGUAGCCGUAUAAAUAGUAUGAUCAACUCGUUGAAACAACAUAACAUAUUCGAUUAAACCGUCGUUUAUCGUAAAUACAACACACUGGACCGUCAUGGCUCUAUCUUCUAUGCCACAGUAGUCACUGUAUCAACAAUACUUUAAAUUACACGAGUUUGCAUUCGAGGCAACAGAAGUUUCUUCAUAGACAACACUUUCAAACAACAGUAGUUUAUAGUCGAGGCAACAUAAGUUGAUGUACAAAAACACUUUCAAACAACAGAACUUUAGCUUUAUAUAUAAAAUUUUCAAACAACACGAGAAUAGAUUUAAGUCAACAAUAUGUGAUAUAUAGACAUUACUUUCAAAUAA